UAUGACUUCUGCACAGCCAUGGGAAGAAUGGUUGCUCUAACUCUGAUAACUUUUUUUGGAGCAAUAAUAUGUUGUUCCUGGACAAAAAACCUACCAAACGCUCCAACUCCAAACAUUAUCAUCAUGCUCAUGGAUGACAUGGGCUGGGGGGACUUGGGGGUGUUUGGCCAGCCUUCUAAAGAAACCCCUAAUCUGGAUGCCAUGGCAGCUGAAGGGAUGCUCCUACCAAACUUCUACACUGCCAACCCUCUCUGCUCCCCCUCUCGAGCUGCACUUCUCACCGGGAGGCUGCCCAUCAGAAAUGGUUUCUACACUACUAAUGCCCGUGCCAGAAACGCAUACACACCACAGGACAUAGUAGGAGGUAUAUCCAAGGAUGAGAUUUUGUUACCCCAGCUGCUGAAGACAAAGGGCUAUGUCAGCAAGAUAGUUGGGAAAUGGCACCUGGGCCACAGACCACAGUAUCUUCCUCUGAAGAACGGUUUUGAUGAAUGGUUUGGUUCACCAAACUGCCACUUUGGCCCUUAUAACGACCAGUCGAUACCAAACAUCCCUGUCUACAACAACUCUGAGAUGCUCGGCAGAUUCUAUGAGGACUUUAAGAUUGACAGAGAGACUGGAGAGUCAAACCUCACACAGAUCUACCUGAUGGAAGGUCUUGACUUCAUACUUCGUCAAACUAAAGCUCAGCAGCCCUUCUUCCUCUACUGGGCAGUCGAUGCCACUCACGCACCCGUCUAUGCCUCCAAACGCUUCUUAGGGAAGAGCCAGCGAGGCCGCUAUGGCGAUGCGGUGAUGGAGCUGGACUACAGCAUCGGUCAGAUUUUGAAGUGGCUGCGAACUCUUGGUAUUGACAAUAAUACCUUUGUCUUCUUCACCUCAGACAACGGUGCAGCUGUUAUGUCUGGCCCCAAUGAAAGUGGCAGCAACGGACCCUUCCUCUGUGGGAAGGAGACCACCUUUGAGGGAGGCAUGAGGGAGCCUGCCAUUGCUUGGUGGCCUGGGCACAUCAAAGAAGGCUCAGUGAGGGGCUGCAUGGUGGCUACAGGAACAGAGAUUGGGAGGCCAAUAUAUUAUUACCGUGGGAAUGAACUGAUGGCUGUGAGGCUUGGAGAAUACAAGGCACACUACUGGACCUGGAGCAACUCAUGGGAGGAGUUUAGACAGGGCAUAAACUUCUGUCCGGGUGAAGAGGUGCCAAAUGUGACUACUCACGAGCAGAAGGAGCACACACUCCAGCCACUCAUUUUCCACCUGGGGCGGGAUCCUGGAGAAAAGUUCCCUCUCAGUGUUCUUUCUAAGGAGUACCAGGACGCUUUGAGCAGGAUAUCUGCAGUUGUGCAGCAGCAUAAAGACACUCUGGUGCCCGGCAUUCCCCAGCUCAACAUGUGUGACAGUGCAGUGAUGAACUGGGCCCCCGCUGGCUGUGAGAAGUUGGGAAAGUGUCUGAAACCGCCCGAGUCUAACCCCUGGAAGUGCAACUGGCCACACUGAGAGCAAAAGUACUGGACACCAACAUGAGGAACUGAAACCUGAAGAUGUGCCAAGCCAUAGAAUAGGACACAGCCUCUGUGUGUAAAGGAAUGUAUUUUUAAACUCUUUGUGUUUUUGUACAAUGUUUGAAGAAAAGAGCAUUCGGUCAAAUCAGGGAAACGUGUUUGCAAACUAUGAUUGCGGUUAUUUUUACAUCUGUGUGUUUUAAUCUGCCAAUUCUAUUUCAACUUGCUACGGAAUGGAUAAAACAGAUUUUAUUGGUGUAGAUCAAGGAUGCCAAACUCAUUUUACAUUGUGAGCCACAUACAUCCCACUUUAAUUUGAAGUGGGCCAUACCAGUGAAACUUCCCUUUCUGUCUUUAAUUACACAUUUAAUCCUUGAGAUAUCUUAAUAUGAGCAAUAGAAGUGCAAUUUCAGCUGCAUUUAUCAGGUUUUUUUCUACGUGGUAAAGAAAUGCUGCUCAAGUUAAUGAAACAAGUCUGUCAGCACUCUUACACUGUAAGAAAUAAAUUGUAUGGGCUUAAAUUGUGAGAAAUAAAGAUGUAAAAUUG